AUGGAGAAAUCACUAUUCUCGAUAUUACUAGCAGUCAGCAUACUUGCAUCCACCGUCACAGCAGCAUGUUCGCCACCGAAUAUCCUCCUCGCAGUAGGCGAUGCCAGAUUCUCAGUCCCUUUAUUCAAAGACUGCAAUUUCGGCGACCCCGAAGCAGUAACUCCAGGAAAUAACCCCUCCGCACCCCCCACAGCAACAAGCGCCUCCGCCGACUACAGCCAAUACGUGGACUCCUCCGGCGCACCCUUAAACUCCGAAAGCAAAAAGAAACUCCUCGCGUUCUUCGGCCAGGCUGUCAAACUAGAUGUUCUGCUUGAGCAGACGAUAUGUACCAUCACGGAUACGGGGAAUGAGAUUCUGGUCGUUGAGGAUGGGAGGGCGGAUGGGGCGGGGCAGGAGGAGCUGGAUGGGAGUGGAGAGGGGGGAAAGGUGGAUGUGGGGAGUUAUAGGUGUAUUAUUGAUCUAUGAUCGGUAUGGAAUCCGGGGAUGUAGAAAAGAGCCAUGGUUGCAGUGGAAUAUUGUGGACUACACAGUAUGUUGAGAAGGGAGGACCUCCGGGGUCCAGAUCUCAGGGCUGAAGCCCCUUGGAACCAGCCAGCAUCUGAGCUGAGAACGACGAUUGAUCAGUCGAGAAUGCGAAGUCGAAUUUUCGAAGAAAGAAGGAAAGGGGGAGAUGAAAGAAAGAACCCCAACUCCGAUUUUCUGCAGCUAGCUGGCUUGCACGAAGUGCUCCACAGAACACCGCUAAAGUAGGUUGUGGCCCAGCCAACUCAACCAGCAACGACAUGAAAUAUCUGUUGAGACAUGCGGCAGUCAGGGUAUCCAAUGAGGAAGGGUGAAAGAUACUCUAAGGGGAGGGACAAGUCAUAGAAAAGGACUCUCAGGUAAACCAGGCUGUUGGGUUCAGUUGUGGGAAUAGAGUCUGAACGUUUAGCAGGUUUUACACUGUACAUAUCUAUAUUAUACCCCAAUCUAUUCUACUUGUCUAUGUCCCUUCGAGCUUUACAUUUCGCUCUUUAGCGAACUCGUGCUAUCAAUGAAUGUCAAAGUGAAACUUCCAAAGAGGAGCCCUACUGCCGACUCUAUGAUUGUUCGGA